AUGACGGUGGGUAACCUGCUGGUCGUCAGCUUGUUAAUACCGUUAUCGACCACCUCGUAUAUAAAUGGUGUGUCCGCAAGCGUUGACGGAUCGUCCACGAAAAAGCACGAAAAAUUCGUGCCUCUUGUAGCAUUUGAAUGUGGUUAUCGCAACAAAUAUAUGAGUGAGGAUGGGAUCUGGAUUAGUGAUGAGAAUCGAUAUGCAACAUGUCUGAGUGGAAAACUAGACAUUUUGAAGUACUGUAAGAAGGCUUAUCCGAAGCUUAACAUCACAAAUAUUGUCGAGUAUUCACACGAGGUGGCCAUCGAGAAGUGGUGCCGUGAAGAGGGUACGCCAUGCAAAUGGACGCAUACAGUACGACCGUACCAGUGCAUAGAUGGUGAGUUUAAGUCCGAAGCACUGCAAGUGCCCCAUGAUUGCCGCUUCUCGCACGUGAACUCGGGCGAAUCGUGCAAUGACUAUCAGCACUGGCGAGAUGAGGCAACAAAACAGUGCUCAGCUAAGAUUUUCAACGGAAAGAGCAUGACUGUUCGUUCGUUUGCCGUACUCGAACCAUGUAGUCUGGAUCUUUUUACCGGUGUCGAAUUUGUCUGCUGCCCAACUGUCGACAAGAUUACGGCUCCAGCCGUCGGCGCACGAACAAUUGAAAAGGCGAACAAAUUACCGUUGAAGGAAGAGGAGGAAGAUGACGAUGAAUACGAUGAGGAAUAUGAUGACAGCGAUGAAGACUCCUCGGACGACAAGUCCUCGGAGGGUCAGGAUCCAUACUUUAAGAAUAAGGAUCCUACUAACGAACACGAGAAUUUCAAGGAUGCCGAAGAACGUCUGGACAAAAAGCACCGCGAAAAGAUCGAAAAGGUUAUGAAAGAAUGGGGAGAGCUUGAGGCUCGUUACCAGCAGAUGAAACUUAAGGAUGCUAAAGGAGCCGAGUCCUUCAAAGUUUCCAUGACGAACCGUUUCCAGAAGACUGUUGCCGCUCUGGAAGAUGAACACAAACGCCUGAAAAAGCAGCUUGAGACCACACACGAAGAAAGAGUUCAGGCAAUUCUCAACGAGAAAAAGCGAACGGCAACGCAUGACUAUCGUCAAGCACUUGCAAUGCAUGACAAAUCCGCCAACAAACAUCACGUGCUUAAGACCCUCAAGACAUACAUUCGAUCCGAGGAGAAAGAUCGUAUCCACACCAUUAAUCGAUACCGUCAUCUUCUUCGUGUUGAUCAAGCCGAAGCGGCUGCAUUUAAACCGACGGUCCUACACAGACUGAGAUACAUCGAUUUGCGUAUCAAUGGCACAUUAGCCAUGCUUCGCGACUUCCCAGACCUCGAGAGUCAAGUUCGCCCAAUUGCUGUGGCGUAUUGGUCUGAUUUCCGACGUGAAAACACGCCAGAAUUAUCGGAUGCUGCAAUUGAUGCAUUGAAUUCGCUGGAUAGUGAUGCGAAGAACAAGAAACUCGUGGAUUUGUACAAGGAAGCUUAUGAGAAGCUUCAUCCUAGCGCAAAACUAGACGUUAAAGCACCACCAACUACGCCUUCCACCACAACGACGACCAGGAAAUCCACUGAGGAGCCGGCAAAGCUUCUAUCCGAGGAUUCUCGUGAUUCCGAAGAAGAUGAUGAUGAGUAUUAUGAGGACGAGGAUGAUGAGGAAGUGAAAAAGAAUCCAAUUGUCAAGAAGCCUAAGGUUAUUGAAAUCCAGCGAAAAGAGGAGGUCAAGAAGCCAGAACCUCCUAAGCUGAUCGAGAAAUCUGUGCACACUGAGCCGCUGCCAACUGCUGACGACUCGGAUUCAGAUGAGAGCGAUGAGGAUGAGGAUUCCAUUAAGGAGCUUCGCGUCGACAUUGAGCCGAUCAUUGAAGAAAAGCCGGCCUAUUAUCGCCAAGAGAAACUCGUUCAAAAUCAGAAAUCCAGCUACAGUGAGAGCGGAAUUCUCUCAUCAUCUCAGGCUGUAUUUAUGAUUGGAGCAGUAGCGAUCGUAUCACUAACCAUGUUGGUGGCGACAAUUGUUCGACGCCGACGAGCACAUCAUGGAUUUAUUGAGGUUGAUGUCUACACUCCUGAGGAGCGUCAUGUGGCUGGAAUGCAAGUGAAUGGCUACGAGAAUCCGACGUACUCGUUCUUUGACAGCAAGGCUUAA